AUGGCUCCUCAGAAGACCGCUUAUGUGACAGGCGCCGCCUCAGGCAUAGGUCGCCAGGUUACCGAGAUGCUCGCCGCCCGUAAAAUCCGCGUUGCAGCAGCAGACAAGAACUACGAGGGGGUCAAAUCAGUGGCUGCGUAUCUCAACAAUCAAUCCCAGGAGCAGGACGAUCUGGUCAAACCCUACGAAGUCGAUACUGGUGACUGGGACUCCCAACUCUCCGUAUUCGAGAGUGUGCUUAAGGAUCUGGGAGGUAGAAUCGACUACGUGUACUCGAUUGCUGGGAUUGGUGAGAGAGUCAGUGUGCCCAAUGAUCCGAAGGCCAAAGGUUUUGUGAAGCCGGACUUGAGUGUGCUGGAUGUUGAUUUGUAUGGCUUUCUGUAUACGAGUUCUCUUGCUCUUCAGCAGAUGAGGAGGCAGGAGAAAGGUGAAGACGGCUUUCGUGGGAAGACACUUCCAAUGUACACUGCAGCCAAGCACGGCAUAGUCGGCUACGUUCGCUCCUUUGGCAAGUAUCUUCCAGAAGAAGGCAUCACACUGAACGCCGUAUGCCCGAACGUGGUCCAGACGGGUAUUUCUACAGCCUCCUUCUACGACACCCUGGCAGACAAGGAUCUCCUCACGCCAAUCGAGAUUGUCGUAGAUGCCUUUGCGAGCUUCCUGGACGGCAAGAUGUCGGGAGAGUGCAUCGAAGCGGGUCCGAAAGGCAAUCUUGUACCGCGAGCUCCAGCAGAGCAUCUGGAUCGCGAGAGUGCAGAGGUGAUGGAGAUGCUAUACUCGAGAGGUCAUGCGCUGCAUCAGCCAAAGUCGUGA